CGAGCAAAUUAGAUGGCUAACAUUUGGUAGCCAAGUUAGCUGGCUUGCUGCUGGUUAUCGAGCUAGCUAUGCAAAUCGCGUCUACAACGCGUAGCUGUCUCUACAGGAUAGUUCCUAAUGCAAUUAUACACUUAGCGCAGUGUGUGUGGUCAAGGGCAUCUCGUCAACUAUACAAUCAGCUAUUGCUGGCUUGCUACAAGACUGCAGUGCUACGUCGCGAUCUAUUUGCAAAUAGCAGUGAGGCUGAAGUUAUGAACCUCCGUUGAUUUUAUUUGUAGACUGAAGCAAGAUCGCUGUAGGUAGGUGGCUGGUUUGAGCUAAGUGCUUUGCAUAAACCGUAGGAAAAAAAAAUCUCAAUUUCAUUCGUUCACAUCCUGUGCUGCGUUGCCAAGUAUUGUGACAAUGACAACUCGACGGAAAGUUCUCCUGGUCGGCGAGGGUAACUUUUCGUUCUCAGCCGCCCUGUGCCAGACUGCCGAGGACCGUGUGAGAGUGACGGCCACCUGCCUGCAGUCUGAAGAGGUUGCAAGACGGCAGGACAGCGCGGAGGAGAAUUUACAGCGUCUCAAAGAGUGCGGAGCUGAGGUGUACUUCCAUGUGGACUGCACACGUCUGACAGAGUGUGAGACGCUGUCCCAGCAGCUGUUUGACUGCAUCAUCUUUAAUUUCCCUCACUGUGGUCGUAAGAGUGGGGUGAAGAAAAAUCGCAGCCUGUUGGCAAAGUUCUUUCACAGCUGUGUGCAAGUACUGACACAGAGCGGCGAGGUCCAUGUGGCACUGUGUAAUGGGCAAGGGGGCACACCAGUGGACAAGCCCAUAAGGGAGUGGCACAAUAGCUGGCAGGCUGUUGCCAUGGCAGCUGAGGCGGGGCUUAUCCUGAGUGACAUCUGCCCUUUUGAUCGGGACAAGUACCAGAGCUACAAGUGUUCAGGUUACAGGAGCCAGGACAAAGGCUUCCAUGUGGAAGGCGCACUCACGCACACGUUCACGCGCAGUCUCCCUUACACCGCGCUGCAGCGAGUCAAAAUGGAGGCGCUGCUGGGGCGGGAGACCGUCCUCUUCGAGAUUCCAGAAGAGCUGAGCGAAUAUGUGAACAGGGACUUCCUGCGUCCGCAGUCGCGCCACCCAGUGCGGAUAGUUCAGGAGCAGCUGCUGAGGGAGCUGCAGUCCGAUGGGCCGGUGCACGCGCUGGAGGUCAAGUGGCCCAAGCUCUUCCGAAACUCCCCGGAGAGGCUGGGGGCCUGCGGGCCCGAGGUGGCCCCCUCGGAGGUCUACUGGAUCCGCCCCACGGGGACCCGCGCACUGGGCGAGGAGGACGCUGGCGCCGAAGAGGACCGCGGCUCCAACAGCGGCCAGGACGGGGCUGCCCGGGGCUACGGGCUCCGCCCGUCCCUGCUGACGCACGUCCAGGAGCUGGCGCGGCGCGAGGACUUCCGGCCCGGGGUGCUACACGCCAUGAGCGGCCUGGUGUUCCGCAGGGCGCCCGUCUCCCGAUGCGGGGGCAGCGGCGCUCCCGCCUUCCACCAGCUGCUCCUCGCGGGGGCCUUCCCCGACGAGCCCCGGCCCCUACUGCAUCUCCAGGGCCGCCUGGAGGCCCUGCUGGCCCCGUACGGCUUCUCCUUUAAGGAGGAGGAGGAGGAGGGAGGCGCAGUGAGUCAGGUGUUGGUGCAUUCGAAGGGCCCCACCAGAGCGGGACGCCUGGCCGCUCUGCCCCCCCUGGAGGGCGAGGGCCCAAAGGGUGCGGGGCUGUGCGUGGCCACGCUCAGCCUGGACCUGCUGGCUCUGCAGCUCUUCUCCGUGCCUGACUGGCGUCUGCUGUGGAGCCCCGACCCGCGCUUCCUGGCUCACUUCCUCCCCGAGUCGCCCGGGCCCUUCCGGAGCUUCUCCCUGUACCCGCCGGCCUACACACACGACAUCAGCUUCUGGGUGGAGCCCGACAGCUUCGACGAGCUGGAAUUUCACGCCCUGGUGCGGCGGGUGUCGGCGGGCGCCGUCAGGGAGGUGGCGCUAGUGGAUCGCUUCCGGCACCCCCACAUGGGCCACGCCAGCCUCUGCUACCGUCUGACCUACCAGUCCUCAGACCGCGCCCUCUCGCGCAGCCAAGCUCUGGGCAUGCAGCUAAAGCUACGCCAGCUCCUCCCCCUGCAGCUUCAGGUCACACUGAGGUAGAGAGGGAGUUAGAUGAAUAGAUAUAGGUAUAGAUUAAUGUUACAUGCUCUUGUUCAGUUAAGGGUGUCUGUAGAAAGGAAAAAGGGAUACAGUUGAGUAUGCAUCCUUGCCACUCGUGUGUGUUGGGAUACAGUUAGUGGGUGGUAUAAAAAGGGCGGGGCACAAGGUUUGUAAGUAGAGAAAGCCUGUUUACCUCAAGGUAGCAGUUUAUGCGGCAGGUCAUGUGGCAGUGAGACAUAAAUUGUGCUGCUUGCACCAGAGCAGUUCUGGACUCACUUCUGGUCGUCUCUGCCAUAUGCCUCUGGAUUAUGGCAUUAACACCCAGUUCAAUUCAGGAACUCUUUAGUUAACUUGUACAGUGGCCUAAAGGCACUUCCAUCCAUCCAUUUUCUAUACCCGCUUAUUCCUGCUCAGGGUCGAGGGAGGCACUGGAGCCUAUCCCAGCAUGCAUUGGACGAGCGGCAGGAAUACACCCUGGACAGUUUGCAGUCCAUCACACACCAUUUACUCACACAUUCAUACUUGGGGGCAAUUUAGCCUUUCCAGUUAGCCUAACCUGCAUGUCUUUGGAUUGUGGGAGGAAACCGGAGUACCUGGAGGAAACCCAGGUGAACACGGCGAGAACAUGCAGACUCCACACAGAAAGACCCUGGCUGGGAUUCAAACCAAACCGUCUUGUUGUGAGGCAACAGUACUACCUACUGCACCCCCGUGCUACCCCGUAAAGGGACUUGCACUGCAAAAUGAUUGGUGAUGAUAGAAAAAAACAAUGUAGUUAUUUAUUUGUUUGACAGAAAAAUGAGGUAAAAGUUGGAAUGCUUGGAUUUCACAGUGGGCUUGGAACAUUGUGUGGACAUCGAUUUUGUUUAGAAGUAGAGAUUAUGCCCCAUGAUUUUGAAAACUGGUUUUUUUAAAAGCCAGUAGGGAUACAGUGGAUACUGCCUAUUAUUUGAUGCUGUCUUGUCUGUUUAUUAAUAUACAUUAUUAAUUUCUUACUUUCCCCAUGUCCUGUGUUUUUGCUUUGCUACAUUUCACUGUUUUUCAACCCUGUUACUGGGGACUCACUAUGCUGGUUUCAUAGCAAAUCUUUUAAUCAAUUAAGGUUACUGAAAAUGUGUUCUACCAUAUUGGUGUCGUUGACCUUAUUUUAACACAAUGGAGGUUUGGCUUGCUGCCAUUUUCUCAGUAAAUUCAUUCAUUUUAAACAAAUGGUUUCAGGUUUCCACACUGAACAAAUGGGAGCCAACUAUUUCACGAGUCAGUUUGUAACUGAAUAAAUAAAAAAUGGAACCUCUUUCAAAUGGAAUCAUUUGCCAUAUAGUACAUAUACCACAGUAAAUGAAAAAACAGGUCUGACCGAUUGAAAUUCCGGGGAUGUGAAUUUGGGAUAUUUAUUUUCAAGGGCAUGUUGCUAUGGUUGGAACAAAUACCAACAUAUCACAGUGGGUCCCCAGGACUUUUCAAAACAACUAAGUUUUAAAAAUGUUGUAACAGUUUUUCUUUGUAUUGCUGUAAAUUAUGGUAAUGAAUUCUCUGCAUCUUGUAUUUUAAAUGUAGCUGGCUUUCCUUAGAAAGUGUUAGAACACACUUGCAGCCCCCUUACUGAUGAAAAGAAAUUGUGCUGCUGAGUUCAGUUGUAAAUGCAUCCCCCCCCAGAAAUGUGUAUAAUUGUUGUUGUGACUAGUCUGUCUGAAAUAUUGUGCAUCUUUGUGCGUGAGUUUUGAGUUUACAUGCAUGUUUACCUUUUUACCCUAACAAAUAUGUACUAUGAUGAGUUAAAAACGGUGGAAUGUAAAUUGACGUGCUGCUAAUUCACACAGGAUGAUAAGCCAUAAUACAGUAUAGAUGGUUGUCCACUUCACCUCACUCUUUGUAAGGGCUUACAUGCAGAGCCUUUAUUAACAGGUUGUUGACUGAAAUGAUAUCAUUGCCUAUUAGUUGGGACACCUCAGUGCUUACCUAUAUUUAUUUAUAUAUAUAUAUUCUCUAUACUGAAUAGAGCUGUGCUGUGUAGAGCAGCUGUGUCUUUAUCCUAAUUAUCCUGGGGUAAUCAGAUUUAUGGCUGUCCAAGAAGAUAUUCCCUAUAUAAGGUGUUUUGCUUUAGGCAAUGCACAAUCUGUCUGCAAUUAUAUCGCUGUCUGAUGAUGUUGGUUAAAGUUUUCAUUCUCCUAUCGGUCAGAUGAAGCCAAUAUGGCAACCGAUAAUUAUUUCUAUUGAAAGCAUCCUUGUACAAGGCCAAGGAUGGAAACAACACAUGGCUACAACAACAUGAUUAAAAUUUGUUAAAAGAAAUGAGAAACAAUAUUAGUAGCCUAUUUAAAAUGGCUAUCCUUAAUUGUUCAGUUUUGGUGAAUUUGGCAACAUCUGUGGUGACUGGAAUUGGUCACAGAAUGAAUAUGUACUGAUUUGUACAAAUGCAUACAUUUUUGUAAAUUCAUAUUCCUUUUUCAGAAAUACCUCAUAAUUCAUGUGUGAAAACCAUAUGUAUGUUUUCUGCAUGUAUGUUUUGCAAUAAGACACUCAAAUGUAAAA